CUAUGAGAAAUAAGCGGGGCUCGAUUGCCAAGGGACUUGUCUAGUAACAAGGCAGGAUCGCACGGUCUGCGGCCUCCGAAUGGCUGUGCGUAGACGGAAAUGAGGGGGCGGGGAGUUUGUGGCGGGAGGAUUUGGAUGCCUGUUUGAGCUUGAGUAGUUUUUCGGUGGUGAUUCUAACCGCUCUUGUGGGGGUGCCUGGAAUGCGAUGGGUGUGGGCAACAGGCUGUGACGGUCGCCGCCUGCCUUUGCUGAGCGGGGGACCUGGACGAAGCGAAGGAUUAGCGGACAGCGUCUUCAGGGCAAAUGCUCAGCCCGUCCCACGCCCAGCUCUGAGCUUCUAAUCGGCAUCUCGUCAGCAGGACCCGACUUGGCCACCAUGGAACGGGGGCCGCCGCUUCCCACUGGAGCGAAGGCCCGCGACAACAAGCCGCUUCGCAGGAAUCCCGUUAUGGGUAGUAGCAGCUGCGGAAAUGGACCAGGCUGGGAGACGGCGGUGGGAGACGGAGGCAUCAGCACUAGCAGCAGCAGCAGCAGCAAUAAAAAAACCAAGUUUCACUUGCACAUCAAGACACUGACAGAUGAUGUGUUUGAUAAAUUUUCAAGUAUACGAAUUCCGGGCAGCAAAAAAGAUAGACCAACUCUGGCACAUCUGAAAGAACUGCAUUCCUCAACCAGCAAUUGGCCAAUGCCUGCUGAUGUGGAUGACUUCAUUCCUACUCCUUUAUCAGAUGGGGAGAUCCUUUCACAAUUUGAAAAAAUGAUGGAAGAUAUGAAUUUAAAUGAAGAUCGGAAGACUCCAUUGAGAGAGAAAGAUUUCAGUACCAAAAAAGAGAUGGUACUGCAGUAUAUUAGUACGGCUUCUAAAGCGGGAUGCCUCAGGAGUAGCAAGCAGAUUUCACCACAGGAGUUCAUAUGUGAACUGAAAUCAGGAACAACAGAUGAAAAACUUGUCAGUUGCUUAGAAUCCCUCCGUGUAUCAUUGACAAGUAAUCCUGUCAGCUGGGUUGAGAACUUUGGAGAUGAAGGACUUGGAUUAUUAUUGGAUAUAUUGGAAAGACUGGUUGAAGCAAAGCAGCAGGACAAAAUUCUGAAGAAGAUACAACACAAGAUCAUACAGUGUUUGAAGGCUUUUAUGAAUAACAAGUAUGGUUUAGAAAGAAUAAUGGAUGAACAGAGAAGCUUUUCAUUAUUGUCCAAAGCAAUUGAUCCCAAAAGAAUCAACAUGAUGACUGAUAUAGUUAAACUUCUUUCUGCUAUAUGUAUUGUUGGAGAGGAAAACAUACUUGAAAAAAUUUUGGAAGCUUUGUCUACACCAGCAGAAGAGAAGAAUAUUGACAGAUUUUGUCCCAUCGUGGAAGGUCUUCAGGGGAAUUCAAUCCACCUUCAAGUAGCCUGUAUGCAGCUCAUCAAUGCACUAGUUACAUCUCCUGAUGAUUUGGACUUCAGGCUCCAUAUAAGAAAUGAAUUUAUGCGCUGUGGAUUGAAAGAGCAAUUGCCACAAUUGAAAUGCAUAAAGAAUGAUUCUUUGGAUAUUCAACUGAAAGUGUUCUGUGAGCAUAAAGAAGAAGACCUGAUUGAAUUUUCCCAUCGUUUAGAAGAUAUCAGAUUGGAGUUAGAUGAACCAAAUGAAGUUUACAAUGUGGUGUGGAACACUGUUAAGGACACAAAUGCGGAAGGCUAUUUUCUUUCUAUACUUCAGCAUCUCUUGCUGAUACGAAAUGACUAUUAUAUAAGACCACUAUAUUUCAAGUUAAUUGAAGAAUGCAUUUCACAGAUAGUCUUACAUCGAAGUGGAGUAGAUCCAGAUUUUAGCUAUCGUAAAAGACUGGAUGUAGACUUCAGUCAUUUAUUGGAUAUUUGUAUUGAGCAAAAGAAAAUAGAAGGACUUGAAGAGAGAGCUUCAGAAUUCUCAAAAAAGUUCGAAAAUGAAUUUUUAGCUCAUCAAGAGACAAAAGCGCAACUUCAGAAAAUAGAAGAAAAAAUGAGUCCACUUGAAACAGAAGGAAGAGUUUGUAAAUAUGAGAAUGGCUUGAUAACUAAUGGGAUAGGUGUCUGUCCGGGGACAUCUCUGGAAGGACAGGUAGCUCCACUCCCAUUAGCUGAAGCAGCACCUAACUUAUUACCAUCAUCAGCAUCGUUUACUGGAGCUAUGCUGCCGCCGCCGCCGCCGCCACCACCCCCAUUACCAUCUUCAUUUACUAAUGGUUCAGGAAAGUCUCCUUUUGGUGUACCACCACCACCACCACUACUACAGACAUUGCCAGGAGCACAGUGUUCUCCUCCUCCUCGUGUGUUGCCUUUUGGAUUGAAGCCUAAGAAAGAGUUUAAACCUGAGAUCACUAUGAAAAGACUAAACUGGUCAAAGAUUAGACCACAUGAAAUGAAUGAAAACUGUUUCUGGAUAAUGGCAAAUGAUGGCAAGUAUGAAACCGUUGAUCUUUUAGGCAAGCUGGAACUUACAUUUUGUUGUCAAAAAACCAUAAAAAAAGAUGAACAUUUUGAAGAAAGAAGUAUUAAAAAACGAAUCAAAGAACUGAAAAUUUUGGAUCCAAAGGUAGCUCAAAACCUUUCUAUCUUCCUAGGUUCCUUUCGGGUACCUUAUGAAGAAAUAAAAAUGAUGAUAUUGGAAAUUGAUGAAGCCCAGCUGUCUGAGUCCAUGCUUCAGAAUUUAAUAAAGCACCUUCCUGAACAAAAACAACUGAAUGAAUUGUCCAAGUUGAAGAGUGAAUAUAAAAACUUGUCUGAACCAGAGCAGUUUGCCAUUGUGAUGAGCAACGUGAAGAGGCUGAAGCCACGGUUGAGUGCUAUUCUUUUUAAGCUUCAGUUUGAGGAGCAGGUGAACAACAUCAAACCUGACAUCAUGGCUGUCAGUGCUGCCUGUGAAGAGAUAAAGGAGAGCAGGAGCUUCAGUAAGCUUCUGGAACUAGUGUUGCUAAUGGGAAACUACAUGAAUGCAGGCUCUCGAAAUGCACAGACGUUUGGAUUUAACCUCUGCUCCUUAUGCAAAUUAAAGGACACCAAAUCAGUUGAUCAGAAGAUAACAUUGCUUCAUUUUCUGGUUGAAAUAUGUGAAGAGAAGUAUCCCGAUAUCCUGAGUUUUGCUGAAGAUUUACAGAACUUAGACAAAGCAAGUAGAGUUUCAGCAGAAAGCUUGGAGAAGAACCUAAAGCAGAUGGAAAGACAGCUUAUGCAGCUUGAGAAGGAUUUGGAGACCUUUCCCCGUUCUGGGGGUAUUCAUGACAAAUUUGUGACAAAGAUGUCCACCUUUGCAAUUCAAGCAAGAGAACAGUUCCAGAAACUGUCUAGGAUGCAUGAAAGUAUGGAAAAACUCUAUCGGAAUGUCAUGGAAUAUUAUGCCGUCGAUUUGAAGAAAGUUUCAGUGGAAGAAUUUCUAACUGACUUGAACAACUUCAGGACAACGUUCAUGCAAGCAGCAAAGGAGAAUAUGAGAAGAAAAGAAGCAGAAGAAAAGCAGAGACGUGCUAGAGUUGCUAAAGAACAAGCAGAAAAAGAAAAACUAGAAAGACAACAAGAGAAAAAGCAUUUGCUAGAAAUGAAAACAGAGGGUGAUGAGACAGGAGUGAUGGAUAGCCUAUUGGAGGCCUUGCAAUCAGGUGCUGCUUUUCGAGACAGAAGAAAACGGACAAGGUCUAAAGAUGUGCUACAGAAUUUCAGCCCAACCUUUGAGAGACCUGUUCUGAAAGCUUGUAACCAUGAAAACCAAAAAGCACCAACAUUAAAGUUACAUUUGCACCACAAUAUGAACACAUCAUCAACAAGGAAUCGAGUGAGCAAGCACCUUAAUCCUGAGAUGGAAGCUAAUUCAUCUGUAGAAGAGAGAAAAGCUGCUGGGAAGAAUGGUAUCAGUAAUGGAGGAAGUAGCAAAGGGAAGGAAAUGGAGCUUGCUGGCUUUGUUUCUAAAGGAGAAGCAAUUCCUGAAGUGGAGGCUCUGCUAGCAAGAUUACGAGCACUGUAAAUUCCUUCACCAGAUGAGCAAAAACUAUCCCCCUGAAGAUGGUCAAGCAAAGUGUAUAUUACAGUUUUCAGCAGACUAUACCACUUCAGAAUGCAGGUGGAAUGAUUCUUCCUAACAUCAAUACAUUCAAGUUGAAAAUUAGCACAGUCCUAACUUUCAAGAAGACUCAUUCCUGAGAUGUUAGUUUUUCACAUGCUGCAAGUGUCUGAUGUGAAGGAGCUUUCAAACAAUUGAUCUCCACUUGCUUUCUGAAGUGGUGCACAUGUAUUUUUUAGAUCGGCAGCAUAAAUAAGAUUUCCAUGGCUAUUACAUACUUUGCAAGAUGCACAUACGCACACAUAUAUUCACUGUUAUACUUUAAAGUAUAGAUAAUACUUUGUGCCUGAAUAUAAAAUUUUCUUUGUAUAUCUGUAAUAUGGCUUUGAUACCUUGCUUUGAAUUGGAAGACAAUCCAAAGAAAAUAAAGAGAAAUUUUCUUGGUUCACA